AUGCAUAGCUAUCUGCCCCACCUCCUCAAAUCCUCAGCGAAUGAAACUGUAGCAGCUAGAUCCACUCUCGUGUGGGUUGAUGUCGACGAAUCCGUAACGAGGCAGUUAAAAAGCGCGUUUUCGGUUGUGCGACGGGUACUUCCAUUGAAGAAUGUAUCCAGCACCAGAAGCUGCGUUGGUUGGGACAUGUGCUGCGUAAGCCGAACCAUCGUUUACCGAAGAGAGUGCUGUUUUCCAUGCCUAAUUCAGAGUGGCGUAAACAGAGAGGUAGCCAACCCUUGA